ACUCCUUCUCAAAAAAUCGAAAAGAAAAAAGGAAAACGGUAGGCAGAAGUCCCUCCUCUCCAUACUCCAUUCCUCUUCCGUCGCGGCGAGCUCCGGUGGUCACCGGCGUGCGGGAGGCGGGCGCUCCGCCGCUCCAGUUCCCUCCCCCCGCGCAUUACGGUCUCGUGGAGCAGAUUGGAGCGCAGAUCCAUCCGGAAUUAGACUGAUUCCAGCUGUUAGUUCGUGGGCAAUGGCGAACCUGCAGGCUUCCCUUAACAUGCACCCCUCCUUCGCGGCGGCUGCGGCGGCCUCGGGGCCGCCCCCCUCUCCUAUCGGUGGAGGCGGCGGCAGUAGUGCAGCCGUGGCGCAGGAACGCAAUGACAGAAAGCAGGCGUCGGUGGAGCAGCUGGUGCUCGACCUCUGCGACCGCGAGCUGCGCGAGAACACCCUCCUCGAGCUAUCCAAGAAACGAGAGGUCUUUCAAGAUUUGGCCCUGCUUCUGUGGCACUCUUAUGGCACUAUUGCUGCACUACUUCAGGAAAUUGUGUCUAUCUACCCUGCACUUUCACCCCCAACUUUGUCACCAGGUGCAUCAAACAGAGUCUGCAACGCACUUGCACUUCUUCAGUGUGUUGCAUCGCACCCUGAUACGAGGAUCCACUUCUUACAUGCUCACAUUCCACUGUUCUUGUACCCGUUCUUGAAUACUUUCAGCAAGACACGGCCUUUUGAGUACUUGCGGCUUACCAGUUUGGGUGUCAUUGGUGCUCUUGUUAAGAUCGAUGAUACUGAAGUUAUCGGUUUUCUGCUGCAAACUGAAAUAAUUCCUCUGUGUUUGCGCACUAUGGAGAUGGGCAGUGAGCUAUCAAAAACCGUGUCUACCUUCAUUGUCCAAAAGAUUAUGCUUGAUGAUAUUGGACUGCGUUACGUUUGUGCAACCAUUGAGCGUUUCUAUGCCGUGAGCAACGUUUUAGGAGCCAUGGUAGUUUCACUUGCUGAUCUACCUUCCACCAGGUUGCUCAAGCACAUUAUACGAUGUUACCUCAGGCUGUCAGAUAAUCCUAGAGCAUGUUUUGAACUGCAAACGUGCCUCCCUGACAUGCUGAAAGAUGGGACAUUCCAUGUCUCUCUUAAGGAUGACCCUACAACGCGGCGCUGGCUUCAACAACUGCUGCAUAAUGUGACAGCCAGUGGCAUGGCAGGACCUCCCUAGCCAGGCCUGGAACACCUGACGGGGAUGUAAUUAAUCCAGUUUAGUUGCUGCAAUUCACAAGAAUAAAUAAUUUGUCUUGUGAAUUGCGCUAGUAGGGAAGCUCACUUCCUUCAGGUGUCUACAAGAAGGUUGUAGUGUGCAGUUUCGACCUCCCAAGAGGAAAUGUUGUGUUGUGUCGUAACAUUAGGAUGCUAAGGUUUGCUCAACUGCUUAUCCUGCAAUAUUAUGAACACAAAGCAAAGCAAGCUGCUCUUUUUUCUGGUCUUGCACCAGAACUAUUUUUCUAUGUAAGCUCAACGUCUAACAGUUAUGGGAGGCAUUACCAUUACCUAUCA